UUGCAAGAAAGUGUCAUGAGUUGUCGAAUGCAAAUUUUCUAUUCUUCGAUAUUCUGUGGAAAGAAAAAGAUGCGUUUGAAAUGAAUUGAACGCGCUUUCAUGCCUAUUUUUCCCAUACUACCUGAAACUUGUAUCUGUCUUUUUUGUGGUCCCGAGCGACAUGGACACUUUUCAACUGCACACUUUUAAUCAUUGAAGGUGAUAAGAAUAAAGGUUUUUCAGUAGAGAUAUCAAAGUAGACUGCUAGGAGCGAUGGAAGACUCCGGCGUUGAAGUGGCGGGAGGCCCGGUCAACGCGAAGAGACAAAGAAAAAGGAUAGAGAAGAAGAAGAAAAUGAAGUUCCUGUUUCGCAAGGUCGGGCGGCAAAUCGGAAAGAGGACCGGUCGGGGGAAACAAAAGGUCGAAUACUUUUCCCAUAGUGCUGACAAAUCUAUGAUUGAAUAUUCCUUGGACCAGUACCAGCAAGAAAUCGCCGAGCGCGGGCAUCAAGAAGAGCAUCGACAAGGAAGAGACGACGACGAAUGGAUCCGAUCCCCCGAUCUCGCGGGCGGAAUUCGAACCAACACCGCGAAUGGCGUCAAUAACUUGGAAGGUCAAUCGAUUGAAGUUGACUCGUAUUUCAAUCCAUUCAACUGGAUGCAUUCUUUGACAUCCGAGAGUACCCCUGAGAACGAAGAAAGGAAAGAAAUCAACGAAGAUGAAAGGGAAGGCAUCGAAAUCGAAGAAAAUGAUGGUUAUCUAGCGGACCAAGAAAAGGAGAAAACCCCGGAAAGAAUUGGAAGAAAACACGCCACCAAGAUCGAAUCCGCCGCCUUGGAAAACAUGGAAAGAUACUCUGUACACCCCGACACUUCUAGUAUACAAGACGCGGAAGCACGACAAGUGCGCAAGAUAAAAAAACAUUCCAAGUCUCGUUCUUCCAUGCCAUUCGCCUCUCGUGUCAAAUCUUCUGGCAGGAUAGCGAAACAUCCACCGAAAGUAUUGACCAAGGAAACCUCCGGAUCGCCGGGUGAUGCCUCAAUAGUUUUGGUCUCGAGUGUCAAACGAAUGGUCGCCGCCAACCAGAAAAAGGCAGCGGCGACAUUGGUGACUUCGGUCCGUUCCAUGCUCUUGCGCUCCUCAGAGUACAAAUCACCAAAGCUCCUGCUGAAUUCAGUCCGGGCACUCAUCCAUGACGCGGAAAGUAAAUCAGCAAGGAAAAGACGUUUUGCUUGGCGAGAGCGUCGAAGAACCAUCCGAGAAUCGAAGGCCAAAAUGGAAACCGAGAAAGGCAAGGAAUUCGAGGACACUCCACCGAUGGGUGUGGUGCUGCUAAAAUCACCAAGCUUCGACGAAGAAUCAGAAGCUUCUCUUCAUUCGGAUGCUUCCAAUCAUGGUGAACGAAGUAAAGAUGGGGACGGGACCGAUGAAUAUGGUACCGAAACAGAAUGGGACGAAAGCGCGGGUGUGAUCAUACAUGAUGGUGGGACAUCUUCUGAAACGAGUGAAGAUUACGUUGGAGAAAGCGAUUGGGACGGCCUUACCAGAGACAGCGUGUACAGCACGGGGACCUCUUUCGAUCACGAAUGCACCAGGGAUGCGACGUACAGCACGGGAACCUCUUUCGACCACGAAUGCACCAGAGAAAGCGCGUACAGCACAGGGACCUCUUUUGAUGAUAGCGACUUCGACGACGAUGAGUCCAGCCUCGAAGAAUACUGCGCUACAGUGGAAGUAGUUCGGGAUGUUGCGGAGGAAAGUGAUGACGAAAGUGGCGAUGAUGAUGACGACGACGACGACGACGACGACGACGACGAUGAUGAUGAUGCGAGUCACAUUCCAAGUCCUGCCGAUCAAGCUGUUCUGAAUAGAAUCGAGAGGGACCUCGAGGACUUGGAAGGGAUGCACGAAAACGAGAAACAAUGGUGGCUGUAUCGAACAUUCUCCCCCGGGGACGAUUGAAAUUGUUCAAAACCUCACAGGAUUGUUCCAAGUUCAGUGCUUCAACGACAGACAUUCCUUUCCUACGAAUAAGCAGGAACGACGAUAGAGAAGAAGCAGGUUCGUAUAGUGGUUGAUCUAAAACAGAAGGCCAAGUUAUAAGGACGAAACCGAGACCAAAUCGAGGAUUCUCAACAAUUUGUGCACCCCGAGUCAAGGCAAAAGCAUGUACUGCAGGCCAAGUCGGGCAAGCCAAGUCCCGUAUUCUAUUUUGUUUGGUGACGUUCAGAAAUGGAUUGAGUGCUCUCUUCAAAUACAUUUCGACAAGUCUGGUCAAUAUUUUCAUGGAGCCAUUCACUAACAUUUUGGAAUUGCGCAUGUGUUCGGAGGUUUGACUAUACCAUAUGGUUCCUUUCUGGGCACAAGCUAAGGCCAAGUCGUGUCGGUCAUGGCGUUACUUCUUCACACCCUAGGUACCAUACCCAGGUGUAUUGUGGCAUCUGGGUUUGUAACAAUCUAUAGACUGUUUUCCAUAGGUGACAAUGUUUUAGUGAUGAUGCACUUGAGUUGUCAUCAGCAAGGCAAUAAUAUUUAACGUGAUAU